GCCUGGGGAGUGAGACCUGGGGAGUGACGCCUGGGGAGUGACGCCUGGGGAGUGACACCUGGGGAGUGACGCCUGGGGAGUGACGCCUGUGGAGUGAGACCUGGGGAGUGACACCUGGGGAGUGAGACCUGGGGAGUGACGCCUGGGGAGUGACGCCUGGGGAGUGACGCCUGGGGAGUGACACCUGGGGAGUGACGCCUGUGGAGUGACGCCUGUGGAGUGACACCUGGGGAGUGAGACCUGGGGAGUGAGACCUGCGGGACGCGAGAACCUGGGAGCGGCGGUUGCGGUGAUCGCGGCCGCAGAGGAUAGACUCGCGACUUGGCGACAUCUCGCAGCCAGCCCGACCAUGCGCACCCACGCACUGGCUCCAGACCACGACGCGACCCAUGGAAAGGGCUUCUCGAUCUCAGGCGACCCAGACUCCAGAGUCUCCCAGAUGCACGCGCUCGUCAUGAGCUCCUCCUGGCUCGACCAAGUCGAGGGACAAACGAUGCGCGACAGCGCCAGCCACCAUCAUCACCAUCAGCAGCAGCAUCAGCAGCAUCACCAUCAGCAGCAGCAGCAUCAUCAUCAACAGCAGCAGCAGCAACCAGAGAGCAAGUUUCCACAUGCGACUAACGGCAGCUGCCACUCAGAACAACAACAACCACCACCACCCAUCUUCGACUGCCCCAGCAUCCAAAUCACCUCGUUCCCACCGCACUGCGUCACGUCUGCCGCGCACAGCGGCGCCGAAGCUUCGGACCCGGCCGGUGACCCCAACGGGAACACCGCGGCUGCUGUGGUCGCUGGAGGUGGGGCUGCUGCUGCUGCUGCCGCAGCUGUCCCGAGGCUGUCGGAGCACCUGUACCUGCCCCUAGACCAAACCCCGUACCGCGAGAGCGGCCACAACAACCUGAGUCCCAGCAGCAGUCUCUCGUCGCGCAGCUGCUUCUCGGACGCCUCCUCAAUCGAGUCGUACCCUUACGCGUGCGACGACAACGAGGCCGACCUCAACGACGCCGCCACGAGACUCGUCCUUCAGCAGCAACAACAGCAACAACAACAACAGCAGCAGCAACAGCAGCAGCAGCAGCUGGGCUCUCCGCACACAUCCUCGCCGCUGCCGUCGCCCCAGGGUUCCCCGGGAUUUCGAGUCGCGGCCACCGCGGCCGCCUCUGGCGCCGACGAGACGUGGACGCCCUUGGGAUGCGCGGCCGCCGCGGGGCUGGGGAGCGGUCACGCCGCGCUGGGCCGGCGGCGCUCGGCGGGCGCUCCCGCUCGGCUCAUGACGGGGGGCGAGGAUGGAUUCCUCUACCCGGGGAUGCUGGCGGCCGGAGGUGGUGCUGGUGGUGGUGGUGCUGGUGGUGGUGCUACGGGGCCCGUAUCCCUCCCGGCUUCACCUCGAGGCAAGCGCCGUUAUUCUAGCGCCGAGAUUUAUUACGGAGCACGUGGUGGUGGUGGAGGUGGUGGUGGAGGUGGUGGUGGCUCUCCCGCGCUCUCCCCGGCGCUCUCCCCGGCGCUCUCGCCGCGCUCCUCGCCGCGUUCCAGCAUCGUGGAGGACGGCGCGCGCUCACCGGCGACGCCGGCGCUCGCCACUUGUCCCGACGGAGACGCCACGGCCGAGGACCUUCCCGUGAAGGCGCGCAGAAGGGCAUCGCCGCGGCGGGACGAGGAGGACGGCGCGGCGUGCGCGCUGCAUCAGCAUCAUCAUCAUCAGCAGCAGCAUAAUCAUCAGCAUCAGCAGCUCAAGAGAGAACCUAGCGGUGAUCCCUUCCUCUGCGUGCCUCCCUCCUUCCCGUGGGGGAAGGGAAAGGGCAGCGGGGGAGGUGGGGGCAGCGGGGGCGGGGCCCUGGGGGGAGGAGGAGUGGGAGGAGCGCACGCGCCCCUCUUCAGGGUAACUUCACUUCCCCCCCUCGACUGGCAACUGCCCAGCACGGGAGGUCCCUACGAGCUGCGGGUCGAGUUGGAGCCCAGGCCCCACCACCGCGCUCACUACGAGACAGAGGGGAGCCGGGGGGCCGUGAAGGCUGCUUCGGGGGGACACCCCCUCGUGAAGCUGCACGGCUACAACGAGAAGCCGCUGACUCUGCACAUGUUCAUCGGCACGGCGGACGAGCGGCUGCUGCGGCCGCACGCCUUCUACCAGGUGCACCGCAUCACGGGCAAGGCGGUGGGCACGAGCAGCCACGAGCUGCUCAUGCACGGCACCAAGGUGCUCGAGAUUCCGCUGCUGCCCGACAACGGAAUGAUGGCCAGCAUCGACUGCGCGGGGAUCCUGAAGUUGCGCAACUCGGAUAUCGAGUUACGCAAGGGGGAGACGGACAUCGGGCGGAAGAACACGCGCGUGCGUCUCGUGUUCCGCAUCCACGUCCCGCAGCCCGGAGGCAAAGUGCUGUCCCUACAGGCCGCCUCCAUCCCCAUCGAGUGCUCCCAGCGCUCGGCGCAGGAGUUGCCGCUGAUCGAGAGCCAGAGCGCGGAGAGUGGCUCCGUGACGGGAGGCGACGAGCUCCACCUCACGGGGCAGAACUUCAUCCCCGAGUCGAGGGUCGUCUUCGUGGAGAAGGGGCUCGACGGCCGCAGCCUGUGGGAGGCGGAGGCGAGUCUGGUGAGGGAUACAGCUCAGGCGGGCCGCAUCGUGGUGCGGGUUCCCCCGUAUCAGGACAGGCUGGUGGGCACGCCGGUGCGCGUACAGUUCCACGUUUACAACGGCAAGCGCAAGCGCAGUCAGCCGCAACGCUACACCUACCUGCCUACCACAGUGCCCCCCGUAAUCAUCAAACGGGAGCCGAGCGAUGACCUCCUCAACCAGCUGGACGCGGGUCCCCCACUUCACUCGUUGGGUGAACCCCCAUUCUCAUCGGCAAGCACGUGGUUCCGCGACACACCCCUGCCCAUCCCCUACCCUGGCCAUGCCACGCAGCACCAUCAUCAUCAGCAGCAGCAUCAUCAUCAGCAGCAGCAUCAUCAGCAGCAGCAGGUGCCCACAGUUGAACAGAGGCCCCGCUACCUACACGAGCGUCGUGCUACUGCUGCUGCGUUCUCGGCUGACUGUGACCAAGGAUACGUCAACAAUCAUCUACAGCCGCUGGUUCAACCUCUCAAUCACCAGCAGCAGCAGCACAACAACCACCACCACCAGAACAACCACAGCAACAAUCACAGCAACAACCACAACAAUAACAAUCAUCACCACCAACAGAAUAGCCAUCAUCAUCACCACCAACAUCAUCAUCAGCAGCAAGAGCAGCACCAGCAACAUCAGCAGCAGCAGCAAGAGCAACAACAUCAUCAGCAGCAGCAGCAAGGGCUGUUCGAGGAGGCGAUGUUCGCAGGGAAGCGGUCGUUCUCCACCGCCGUGUUCGCCUCCUUCCCGCACUGCCCUCCGGGUCGCCUGCAUCUGCUGAACGGGCGAGGGGCUUUCCCCAGGGUCGCGGGGGAGGAGCCCGGGGGACGGGGGCCAGGGGAAGGCUUCCACACGAGCCAGCAGCAGCAAGAGCAACAACAACAUCAACAUCAUCAUCAUCAGCCGCAGCCCCCCACCGCCGCGGCCGGCCAGGGGUCUCCGCCGACGUCAAUGGCGAGCCACGUGCCGCUGAGCGCCAUCAAACAGGAGCCGCUGGAGACGCCGCCCCGAGGGCAAAGCAUCACGCUGGACGACGGUGAGAGGGCCCGGGUGGUGGUGGUGGUGGUGACGGUGGUGGUGAUGGUGGUGGUGGUCUAGACG